AUGGCCAACAACCCACCAUCACCACCACAACACCCCCUCUGGCGCCGCACCCCCCUAGUCGAAUCCGCCAUCCUCUCCCGCUCCGCCGGCUGCCGGAUCUUCCUCAAACUCGAAAACCUCCAGCCCUCAUCCUCAUUCAAAUCCCGCGGCAUCGGCAACUUCGUCCGCAAAGCCGCCGAUGCAGCGGCCGUUGCUGCUUCGCAGUCUGCAGCUCCUACCAUCAACGGCACCACUACGCAAUCUGGACCCGAAAUCCACUUCUACAUCUCGAGUGGUGGUAAUGCAGGCUUAGCAGCUAUCUCAGCUGCUACUACGCUAGGCUACCCGUGCACGGUCGCGCUCCCGACGUCAGCGUCGCCGGCUAUCCUCGCGAAGCUAAGGGCUGCUGGGGCGAGCGAUGUGCUUGUGCACGGGCAUAGUUGGUUUGAGGCGGACCAGUACUUACGGGAAACCGUUAUGCCGGACGCGGAAGCACGCAGUGGAGUUAAGGGAAUCUACGUGCCGCCGUUCGAUCAUGAGGAUGUGUGGGAGGGGCACAGCACGAUGAUUGGGGAGAUCGAGGCGCAAAUGCGGGAGUUAGGAGAAGAGGACAGACCAAAUGCAAUCGUCUGCUCCGUCGGCGGCGGAGGUCUGUUAUCUGGCGUCAUUCAGGGCGCGCAAAAGGCAGGCUGGGUUGGUCGCGAAGCGGCUAGCAACGGCACGAAGACUAAAAUAAUAGCGACGGAGACAGUGGGAGCAGAGUCACUGCACAAAUCCCUCGAAGCAGGCAAACAAGUCACCCUGCCGGGGAUAACCUCCAUCGCGGCCUCCCUCGGUGCAGUACGGGUGGCGGAUCGUGCGUUCGAGCUCGCAUCUGACCCCUCCAACAAUGUCGUCAGUGCUGUGCUGACCGAUGCGGAAGCGGCCAUGGGCUGCUGGCGGUUUGCGGACGAUGAGAGGAUGUUGGUUGAGCCAGCAUGUGGAGUCAGUGUGGCGCUGGCGUAUGAGCCGGACAGGCUGAGAGAGCUGGUUGGGGGCGACUUGAACAGGGAGAGCAAGGUGGUGAUUGUGGUUUGCGGAGGCAGUCGGAUUGAUUUGGAUACACUGGAGGAAUAUAGGAGGAAGUAUGGGAAACAGAUCGAGGAAAUGAGGUUGAGUGGGAACGGAGAUGUGCCUAGUGCUCUGAAGGGUGUCUGA